AUGGCUUUCCCAAGAGAAAGAUGCAUCCCCAAAGAGAUCUCCCCGUAUAACAUUCAACUUUCGCCUGAAGACACUCCAGGCAAUACCCACGUCAAGGUUUUGACCCAAGAAAGCGCAGACAAGGUCUCUGAGCUGCUGAUGGUAAAUCAUGACCACACCGUGCACCAUCUUCUCACACUUUGGGCCCUGGGCGCCACUCCAUCAGAGGUGCAGGCCAUGUACGAUCUCAACAAGCCGUACCAGGCCCUCAUCCAGUACCAUCCAGCGUCAGUAGCUGCGGUUAAACUGAAAGAACCUGCAUUCUUCAAGCAGUGCAUUGGAAACCUGGACUACUACCAGGACUAUGUUCGGUUUUUCCAAGACGAGAUCGCCGUGAGGGGGGUCCCGGCUGUCGUGAACGAGUACCUGUUCAAGGGGGAUGAGUUAUCCGACGACAUUUUUGCGCGCAUGCAUUCUGGCUUUCUCCAUCCCAUGAUCCACCUCGGCUGUGGCCUGGAGUUUAGCCAACCCUGUCUCGUCGCCGAGGCUCUCGCAGCGGGCUGUGUUCAUGACGAAUGGCCAGAGUGGUUCAUCUUCCCAGUGGAGGAAUAUCUCAAGUCGAACCCGGAUGUCCCGUCAAAAUCGCUGCUGGAAAUCGUCACUGGUCUUCAAAACGACCCCGUCAUUGCUAACGCCGUGACACCUGACGACCCCCUCAACAAGAUAUCUGACGGCCUCUUGAAAAAGGUGGCCAAAGAGCUGGUGCCAUAUCUGGCCUCAUACCAAGUCGAUGCAACACCAGAGGACCUCCAACAAAAGACCACCGCCAUGAUACACACCUGCGCGUACAUUCUCGGGGCAGCCCAGCAUCCCGGCAAGGUAGAAGCCAUCGACUUUGUCAUGCUUCACAUGUCCACGCUGGGAAUCUUCUACCCGACCUUUAUGGCACAAGAUUGGAUCUCCAACGAAAACAAGAAGCGGAUGCUGCAGUGGAAGGCUUGGGGAGAUGCGGUGAUGUAUGCCGGGUGCGGAUGUCCCAAGCUGUACCCUGAGAGGGUUACUGGGUACACCCCUAAGCGCCCCCAGGACGGCUGGCCAGAACUCUGUCACCGGGCCAAUGUCUAUGGUGACGAUGGACACAUUUCCAAGGUCAUCCGGGCUAUGCUAAACACCCAGGAGCUACCCGAGCCGGUGGAAGGAUUCCCCCUGGCGAAGAAGGAUUUCCUCAAGAUUGCGCAUCUGGCUUUGGACUCUGUGGAGAGGAUGCUGGAGCCAGGACAGUACAAAGUCCCUGAUAAGAUCAAAAAGACUGUGGCAGAAGAAAUGCGACAAGAUGAGGAGAUUGUUAGGGUAAUGGUGCGGUGGGUGCGUUGGUGCGGUGUGGAAGGAUCGUGGGAUAACUUCCCGGACCUUGUUGAGAAAUCACGGGAUGAGGAGGCAGUGGUUGGAGAUGCUAGAAUCGCUGCGACAUAA